AUGGAGCAGAGUCCCUAUAUCUCGACACCCAAAUACAGUAUUGAUGAUCAAGGCAUGAAAACUCAAAGAAUUGAGUUAACUCAGCCUGAUUUUAUACUCAUUCAACAUCAAUACAUCCAAAAGGGUCUUCUCUUCUCAAAACCUCAAGAUCAAGCUCAAGCUCAACUCUUCCCUCAAUGGAUCCAACGCUUGAAAACCACUUUCUCCAAAGCACUCGAUAUUUUCUUUCCUCUGGCAGGUCGCCUUGUCAUGAUCCAAAACAACGACGUUCACCUUACCAAAUCUUUCUUCAUUGACUGCAACAGCGCCGGUGGUGUUUCCUUCGACCACGUCACCUACGACAGCGUCACAGUGGCUGAUAUUCUCGACCCGGUCUACAUCCCAGACGACGUCGUUUACUCCUUCUUUCCCAUGAACGAGGUUUCGAACUACCAAGGCGUUUCGAAGCCGUUGCUGGCAGCUCAGGCAACGGAGUUAGUUGACGGCGUUUUCAUCGCGCUCUCUAUGAAUCAUAGCGUUGUGGACGACCCUCCUCAUCCCGUUUUCGAUCGUGACCAGUUCUUCGACUGUAUCAAUAAUACUGAUCUUGUUCCACUUCGAGUACCCUUCAACCCAGAUCCUAUAAAAACUCCUAGUUCGACACCAAUAUCAUUAAAGCAAAGAAUGUUUCAUUUUUCGAAGGAAAAUAUAGCCAAACUCAAAGCAAAAGCCAACGCUGAGAUAGUCGACUUGCCCACCAUGGCCAACAUAUCGUCCCUUCAAGCGGUCAUGGCUCACCUUUGGGUCUCCGUAACCCGAAACCGACGUCAUCUUAAACCGGAACAGGAAGUGAGCUACAUCAUCGUAGUGGGUCUCAGGCAAAGAACAAAGCCGCCAUUAGCAGAAUCGUAUUUUGGUAACGCCGUGAUGUUUGGGACCGUGAAGACCACAGCGGGAAAGCUUCUGAAAAAUGGGUUGGGCUGGGCCGCUUUGCAGAUGAAUACAGUGGUUGCUUCGCAGACGACAGAAAAGGCCAGAGAGUAUUUGAAGAAUUGGGCCGAAAGCCCAAAACUAGAAACACUCCAGAAAGAGUCCGGGUCUCAACUAUUGACUGGUAGUUCACCGCGGUUUAAUGUUUAUGGCAAUGACUUUGGUUGGGGAAGCCCACUGGCAGUAAGAAGUGGUCAAGCCAACAAGUAUGAUGGGAAGUUGACUGUUUUUCCUGGUCCUGAACAAGGAAGCAUUGAUUUUGAGGUCUGUCUUAGGUCUGAGACACUUGAGUCCAUGGCAUACGAUGAAAAGUUCUUAGAGACUCUAACUAUAUGA